AUGUUGGUAGGCGAGGGCUUGUCGUUUUUUUUUGUCAGGGUCUCUCUGCCAAAUGCAUCCUCUGCACCUGCAACACGAAGCUCCUCCUUUUUCCAAGCCCCGGUAAUCGGCAGUCCAAUUUCAAAAUUGUUCUGGGAAGACAUCCAAGACGUCUCAACCAGCAAGUCCCCUGUGGUAUCAAUAUCUCGAGAAUUCGCUAUUAACUGCCGACAUGGCCCUUCAGGUAGGCCAGAGACAAAGAAAGGGCCGAUCUCCCAGUUCUUUGCCUCUCCAGGUGCUGGAUGUUUUGCGUCAACUAGGAUUGUGUUCUUAUGGCGACCACCAGCCAUAGGAACAAUUCUGACGGCCCUUUACGUCGUUCGAGCUGUGGAGACAUGGAACUUGCAUUGA